AUGCAGAAACUGAUUGAGCUUCUCAAAAGCGCAGAAGAUCGCUCUUUGAUGGUAUCGGCACUUAGAAGGAUCACACUUACAUUGACAAAAAAUACAAAUGGUCACCAUGUUAUUCAACAUUGCUUGAAAUCCUUCAAUGUUGAUGAAGUCCAGCCAAUUCUCAAUGUGGUUGCCGACAACUGUCUAGACAUUGCUACCGAUAAGAGUGGAUGUUGCGUGUUACAACUGUGUGUCUUACACGCGGAUGAAGCAUCUAAAGAGCGCCUAAUGACUGAAAUCAUAGAGAAUGCACUUGAUUUAUCUGAACACCCAUAUGGGAAUUAUGUUGUGCAACACAUACUAGGAAUGCAGAUACCAGAAGUUACUGCUCACAUAUUGAAAAAGCUUGCUGGGAAUUUUGUCAACCUUGCUAUGAACAAGUAUGCUAGUAAUGUUGUGGAGAAGUGUGUGAAGGAUGCUCCGGAUGAGCUGUCUACGCCCAUCAUUCGGGAGAUUAUAAACAGUCCAAACUUUUUGGGGCUCAUUCAGCAUCCUUUUGGAAACUAUGUUGCGCAAUCUGCGCUACAUAUUGCAAAGGGAUCUCUUAAGGAGAUGAUGAUCAACAAAAUUCAGAAAGAGUAUGCAUACUUACACAGUCAUCCCCAUGGGAAGAGGGUUCUCGCAUUGGCUAGAAACAGCAAGCCGCGAGGGUCGCUUAGUAUGCAUGAAUAA